AGAAAACCCUACCCGCUACGCAUAUAUUAUACAUACACACCCACUCGUCUCCUCUACCAAGUACCAACUAAGCACUAGCAGGGAGCAGCCUCUCACGGUCUCACUUUCUGAAGGGUAAAAAAUGAAGGUCAUCGCCGCUUACUUGUUGGCCGUGUUGGGUGGCAACGCCUGUCCUUCCGCCGGUGAUAUCAAGAAGAUCCUAUCCUCUGUUGGAGCUGAGGCUGAUGAUGAUAGAAUUGAACUCCUCUUGUCUCAAGUUGAGGGGAAAGACAUUACAGAGCUGAUUGCAGCCGGGAGGGAAAAGUUGGCGUCAGUGCCGAGUGGUGGUGGUGCUGUGGCUGUUGCGGCACCUGCUGGUGGUGCUGCCUCGGCUGCUCCAGCUGCUGAGGAGAAAAAGGAGGAAAAGAAGGUAGAAGAGAAAGAGGAGUCUGACGACGAUAUGGGAUUCAGUCUCUUUGAUUAGAAGACUCCCCCAUUGGCCUUUCUGUGUAAGGGUUCUUCCAAGUUGACCAUGUCCACUUUAGGCAGUUUUGUGUUACUUUUGUUGAAUCAAGUUUUAGAAAACAAAUGAAGAUGAUACGAUACAAACAGUAAUUCUACUUCAGUUAUUGCAUUUGA